CAUCGUAACCGACUUCAGUGGGCAAAUAUUCACCUUCGAUGGCCGCUGGCAUGCUGGAGAAGUGUACUCUUCAUGGAUUAAUCAGUUUCAACUGUACAGGGCAGAUGGCAGACCGCGUAUAUGGCGUCGUGUGGGCGAGCGGUUUGCUGAUGUCAACGUUGUGAACAGGGCCCCUUGGUGGUGGGGUUAUGGUAUGGGCAGGCAUAAGCUACGGACAAUGAACACAAUUGCACUCACAGACCGUAGUUUUAUUAUAGGCAAAUAAGCGCCACCAACCGGUACUCGCACACACCUAGGAGUUACUUGCAGUAAGUAGCUAGCUCAAACCUACAGAGUAUUUUGGUUGCUUGCUUCUGGUGACCCGUCCCACGUUAAAUAUAAUUAUCGAACGACCGUUUAAUUAUAUAUAUAUUUUUUCGAACGACCGUUUGAAAACUGAAAUUGUUGUUUUUUGAAAAUGGAAAUUGACAACACAACUUUGUCAUCAUUUCGAUCGCUAACGUAUCCCACUUUCCCAACUCUGUCUGACCUUAUAACGUUAGCUAGCUAUCUUUACUUUGUGAUUUGCUCGCCCACAACUUGUAAUCAAGGAUAUGCCUAGAAACGACCGCAACAAGAAAGAUGUCAAACGAGAAAGAAAAAGGAAAGUUAACAUAGAAUCAAAGGGAACAGUUACAGUAAUCAACGGAGGACAAGAGAAAGUUCAACGUAAACCGCCAGUAAAACCACCGGUCAAGUCACCGGUGAAGCAGCAAACAAAGCCAGUAAAAAAUCCAGGUGGUCGGGGCCUUGGGAAAGCAGGAGCUAGACGUUUGGGUCAGCUAUUGAAGCGUGCAAUCCAAGAGAAGAAGAAUGUUACAGGAAACGAAAAAGUGCCUUUGCCAACGACCCCAGUUCGCCUGUUCAAGUACCAGACACAGGCAGAGGCUGCAUCUGCACCCAAAACCAACGAUGCAAGGCGUGUGGCUACCCGGGUCUCCCAGCUCAUCCUUCGGGUAAUCUCCCAGUGCAAGCACCGGGGUGGCAUCUCCAUGGUGGACCUCAAGCAUGCCCUGGCUGCUGGUGGCUAUGAUGUCACCAAGAACAACACCCGUGUGAACUUAGCAGUGAAAGGCCUGGUGAGGAAGGAGACACUGGUGCAGACUACUGGAGCUGGUGCAUCUGGGUCAUUUAAACUCAACAAAAAGAAACUGACGUAUGAGAAGAGAGUUAAGACAAGAGCCAUGAGAGACCGUGCAGCAGUCGAGAGGGCCAAGCAGAAAAAAACAACUAAACCAACAGGAAAAGCAGUGAAACCACCAGGAAAAACUAAACCAACAGGAAAAGCAGUGAAACCACCAGGAAAAACUAAACCAGCAGGAAAAGCGGUGAAACCAGCAAGAAAACCAGCUAGCAAGGACAAAACAGUUGUAGAAAAGGCUCAAAGGGAAAUAGGAGAUAGACCAAAACAAGUAGGCAAAAGCCACAAACCAGCAGGACAAGCAUCAAAAUCACCAGCCAAUGUCCAAAAAACAGGCUGCAAAGCCCCUAAACCUGCAGGAAAGGCCUUGAAAGCAGCCAAUCAGAAAACUUGCAAAAUGGUUGUAACCCCCAAUACAAAGCCACAGAUAAAGCGACCUAGGGUUGCCAAAAGACGUGCUUCCUUGUGGAAAUGUACCGAGAGUAUGGACUAAAAGAGUAAUGUCAGUAGUAGAUUUAGGUCAAACUACCGUAACCUUACAAUGUUAUAUUUUGUCAAUCAAAUCAUUAUUAUUGGUUUUAUUAUAUUACUCACAAAUUACAUGUAUAUCGAGUGAUUAUUCAACCAGUAUUACAUCAAAACAUGAUUUGUCCCCAUCAUGAGUGUUGAAUAGUUUUGUUCCCUACUCUCCUAGUCUCUUUGACAAGGAACAACUGAAACCUGAGGACAAACUAUACCGUUUAUUUCCACUGUAUAACCAUGCGAACAAUGGUGCACUGAAUACAUGUAAAAAAGCAAAACAAAUACAAGAAAAGUAGGAAGACUA